AAUAUGUAAAGGGGAACAAUUUACCUGUGCUGAGAGGACAUUUAGGUGAGCACACAUGGCAUCCAAUACAGGGCAAAUGGGUUACCUGCCCAGCGGAGGGGCCAUUUUCUGCACCAUUCCUGACAUCCUCUACCUACCUGAGCUUGUCUUUGGCGGUUUGGUAUUGAGUCUGGUAGCAUCUACAUUAGUCGAUCCUCCCAAUCCCCAGGCUUAUGUGAUUUCUGUGGCAAUUUUCUGUUUCAUCGUGUCAUUCCUCUGGUUGAUAGUCUUUGCCUGUGGAUCUCAUCGUAACAAAAGCUCUUGGGCGAGCGCGGAUGUAGCAUACCAUGCAUUUGCAGCACUCCUCUAUCUCAGCGCUUCUGUGCUUCUAGCUUGGAUUACCAUUUUGUAUUCUUUGGCAAGUGGCAGUCUUAAUUACAAGCUGGAUAUAGCUGCUGUGGUGUUUUCCUUUCUCACCACUCUACUGUAUGUCAUCCACGCCAUUUUCUCAGCCAUCCGAUGGAAAUCCUUCUAAAACAUCUGCACACAACCUGUUUUACUCAUAUGCUUGUUGAACUGUCUCAUUACGCAAAGUUAUUACACAAAUGUCAUAUAGUGCAUAAGUAAUAAUUCAUGUGAUAAUGGAUUGACUGUCCAGUCUUAUUGUGUUGUUCUAUAACUAUACAGACUAUUUUUUUAAAAACACUUUUCACUGGUAUUUUUUUGUAAACUAGUCUAUGUAUAAAUUAUUGUAAUUACUGUAUGACUUAACUAAUAAAAGAGAUUAUAAACAA